GAAGGAAACGUGCUGUACCGAAGCUGUGGCGCUGCCAGCUUCUGCUGCACGUGUUGAGAGAACGAGGCUUAGUAAAUAGAUACAAACCUGUCCGUGUAGCUGCUGUCUUUCAAGCACAUUGCCUUCGCUUGCAGCUAUGAAGUACAUCCUGGUUACGGGUGGGGUCAUAUCAGGUAUCGGUAAGGGCAUCAUCUCCAGCAGUAUUGGAACGAUCCUCAAGUCCUGCGGCCUUCAUGUCACAGCCAUCAAAAUCGACCCGUACAUCAAUAUCGACGCCGGCACCUUUUCACCGUAUGAACAUGGCGAAGUGUUUGUCCUUGAUGACGGCGGGGAGGUGGAUCUUGACUUGGGGAACUAUGAACGCUUCCUGGACAUCCGUCUUAUCAGAGACAACAACAUCACGACCGGAAAAAUCUACCAGGCUGUAAUCAACAAGGAGAGGAGAGGGGACUACCUCGGCAAGACUGUACAAGUGGUGCCUCACAUCACCGAUGCCAUUCAGGAGUGGGUAAUGAAGCAGGCGAGGAUUUCUGUGGACGACGACGGCGUGGAGCCUCAAGUUUGUGUCAUCGAGCUGGGCGGCACGGUGGGGGACAUUGAGAGCAUGCCUUUCAUUGAGGCCUUCAGACAGUUCCAGUUCAAAGUGAAGAGGGAGAACUUCUGCAACAUCCAUGUCAGCCUGAUACCACAGCCCAGCCCCACCGGAGAGCAAAAGACCAAACCGACACAGAACAGCGUUCGAGAGCUCAGGGGCUUGGGUUUGUCUCCAGAUUUGAUCAUGUGUCGUUGUGCAACAGUCCUGGAAACAUCAGUCAAGGAGAAGAUCUCCAUGUUUUGUCACGUGGAGCCCACACAGGUGAUCUGCGUCCAGGACGUGUCGUCGGUGUACCGGGUGCCUCUGCUGCUGGAGGACCAGGGCGUUGUGGACUACUUCUGCCAGAGGCUGAACCUGCCUGUCGAGAUGAGGAGCAGAAAGAUGCUCACAAAGUGGAAGGAGAUGGCUGACAGAUCUGACAAGCUCCUGGAGCAGGUUUCCAUAGCCCUGGUGGGGAAAUACACAAAACUAUCUGACUCCUACACGUCUGUCAUUAAAGCCUUGGAGCACUCAGCACUCGCUAUUAAUUACAAGCUGGACGUUAAGUACAUAGACUCUGCAGACCUGGAGACGAGCACUCUGAAAGAAGAGCCGGUGAAAUACCACGAGGCCUGGCAGAAGCUGUGCAGCGCGCAUGGUGUGUUGGUGCCAGGAGGUUUCGGUGUAAGAGGGACAGAAGGCAAAAUGUUGGCUAUUAACUGGGCGAGAAAACAGAACAAGCCAUUCCUGGGCGUGUGCUUGGGCAUGCAGCUGGCUGUGUGCGAGUUCGCCCGCAACGUCCUCGGAUGGGAAGAUGCCAACUCCACAGAAUUUAAUCCAGAAUCCAAACACCCUGUGGUGAUUGACAUGCCUGAGCACAACCCAGGGCAGCUGGGCGGGACGAUGAGGCUUGGGAGGAGGCGCACCAUUUUCACCACCAGAGACAGCGUACUGAGAAAACUGUACGGCGAUGUGGAACACGUAGACGAACGACACAGACACAGAUUUGAAGUGAAUCCAGAGCUGAAGCACCACUUUGCAAAAGAGGGACUUCAUUUUGUCGGCCAAGAUGUGGAAGGAGAGCGAAUGGAGGUCAUUGAAUUGCAAGACCACUGUUACUUUGUUGGAGUGCAGUACCACCCAGAGUUCACCUCCAGGCCCAUCAAACCCUCUCCUCCAUACUUCGGUCUCCUCCUGGCCGCUGCAGGGAAACUCCAGAGCUACCUGGCUAAAGGCUGCCGUCUCUCGCCGCGGGACACUUACAGCGACCACAGUGGAAGCAGCUCUCCUGACGUGGACAUCUCUGACCUCAAGUUUCCCUCGUUGUAGUCCCACUUUGUUACGUCUUUAAAAGUCCAGCAUAUCAGUGCAAGGCCCAGACACAACCAGGUGUAUCUUCAUGUUGCUGCUAAACCAGAUGAUGUCUGAGGCCGUUGUAAUGCAGACUGACACACGGCAACAGGUUGCAUUGCCUGUGCUGGUUGUAUUAAUGUCAGGGAAUUCUGUAUUUUUUUUGCCGGUACUGCAGAAUUACAGCAAAAUGGGUCAAAUACAGAUGUUCAUGUGGUGGGAUCUCUGAGUAAACAUACACAGAAAUCAAUAUAGGUGUAUGGUUACUAGUAAUACUUGUAAAAAACUGAAAAACUGUCUAGAUCGCAAGCACUGUGGUAUCAGAUAAUGGUUCCAGAGAAUUUAAAAUGAGGGCCAGCUCUUGUUGCAGCGACCUUGAUUCUCAGUGCAUGAGCACACUGAAGCACACUGGUAGACAUGGUGCCUUUACUUCCUCAACAUAUGUGUGUCUUACUGUUUUGUUUCACAUACCUCUUCCUGCCGUGGGAUUCCAACUUCAGUUUAAUUUUUUUUUUUUUUUUUUUUUUUUUGCAUUUAUUCUGAGUGGUUAAAAAUGAAAUGUGUCACUAUCAUGCGUGCUUAAGAUGUCAUUUAAACGCUCGCUGGUUAGACACCGGGUUUUAAUUUCUGCACAGAAAUUCAUGCAUGCAGAUUUUGUGCAUUUUUUAGAGGUUAUAAGUUUUUAAUGCCCUUAACCUGAUCUCACCAGUUCAGGGUGUGCGACUUUUAUGUUUGAAAAGCCCUUUGCCACCAACUCAUAAACAUAAUUUUGCACCGCAUUACCCUUAACGAUCACAUCUGACCCAUAACUUCCUGAAAUGCACUAUGCUGAUGCACAGUCAUCUGACAAUCCGGCCAACUUUAAGUGACCCUUGAGCCAACUGCUGGCACCGAAAUGAAAAAGAAAGUUUAGGGAUCAAAUGGAGGUCUCGGGUUUUAUAUCACUUUUUAAAUACUAAACAGCAGCAGCAGCAGCCAUCUGGAAAUUGUACAAAUCGCACUGCAUUUUCAGUCCUUGUUGACCUGCAUGCAGAACUACAGCUGACAAUGCUUUGGUCUGUUUGUUCGACUCUAAAAAUGUAUGGAUGAUCCAUAUUUUUUUUGUAUUUAUCAGGGUAUGAUGCAUGUGUGUCUAUUUCAAAUAAAUGGAUUUUAAUUUCUCUUGA